GAUGGAAUAAUUGUCGGCCAGUAAUAAUUGUUGAUGGUACUUUUCUGAAAGCAACGUAUGGGGGAACACUCAUAACAGCAUGCACCCAAGAUGCUGCCGGGCAUAUUCUUCCUCUUGCCUUCGGUGUUGUUGAUUCUGAAAACAAUAAUGCAUAUCAUUGGUUUUUUACAAAUCUGAAGGCAACGUUAAGCGAGAGAAAUGGAUUGUGCAUUGUGACAGAUCGGCAUCCAAGUAUCUUGAAUGCUGUAACGAAGGUGUAUCCAGAAGCUGCUCACUGUUGUUGUGCAUAUCAUUUGUCGAAAAAUAUCACAACAAAAUACAAAGAAAAUCUGGAUACGGUAAAAGGUGCUUUCUUUGCGGCGGCAUAUUGUUAUACAAAUGAAGAAUUUGUUCAUCAUAUGGAAGUUAUAAAGAAGGCAAACUACAGGGUGGUAGAGUAUUUGACAGAAAUUGGAUUUGAAAAAUGGUCUCGUAUACAUUGCAAGGCAAAUAGGUUUUUAGUAAUGACUUCAAAUGCUGCCGAGUCAAUAAAUUCUUCUAUGAAAGUCGCAAGAGAACUGCCAAUAACAGUGCUAUUAGAGACCAUUCGUGGUAUGCAGCAAAAUUGGAAUGUGAAGAAUCGAAAAGAAGCACAAAGCACAUUCACGAAGCUGGCAAAAUUGGGGCAGAAAAUACUUGAAGAAAACUAUAAAGCGUCCAUGAAAUUCACUGUAA